UCCCAGACCCUUAGCCCCGAUAAAACGGCCAGGUGUCGAACCGUUGGAUAUAGUUCUGCCACCAUGAUUCCCUUCCUCCAACUCCUCAGCCUCUUCUUCAUUGCUUCCAAAGUGGAUGAAGAGGACAAGGACAAAGACUCUAAGUAUGACCUGUCCUUGUACAAACGUGGCGACCUUUUGGAAGUUCCUAGAACUCUCUUCACCCAUUUCGGCAUCUACCUGGGCGACAACCGGGUGGCACACUUCAUCCCGGACAUCCUUCCGGUAUUCACCAAGAACAAGGCUGCCAUCGGCAAGAUGGUGACCAACAACCGGCUGAUUCUAGGGGUGAUCGCCAAGUCGGCGAGUGUCAGGGUGGACUCCUUGGCGGACUUUGCAUAUGGCUCGGAGAUCCUGGUCAACCACAUGGACAAGCUGUGCAGCCAGCCCCCCCUGGAGGGGGACGAGGUGGCCAGGAGGGCAGAGAAGCUCAUGGGCUCCAUGACCUACAGUUUGCUGUGGUACAACUGUGAACACUACGUCAUGUACUGCCGCUAUGGCAUGGCCAUCAGCUACCAGACCUACCAGUUCUGUUUGACAGUGAGGAAGAUCAUCUGCAGCAGGAUGAACGCCUACCUCACAGCUCUGUGUGGAACGGGCACCGUGUUAUACCUGGGCUCCGUAACGCUGCUCAACACAGUACCCACCCUGCUCGUCCCCUUCACCAUCUGGAUGGCAUCGUAAGAAUGGCCACAGACACACAGAGAGGCUCAUUGACACGACUGCGGAAUAUGGAAUGCUUAAAUCAUGUCCCACUAUCAGCAUCACUGUUCAUGGAGAAAAAAAAGCAUUGUGGGAAAUGUCACGUUUGUGUUGAUAGUCGUUUUUAUUAGACAUAUUAUUAUUAAACAUAUUAUAUUA